AGCCCUCCCUCUCUCCUCUCUCCCUCUCAAUGUUGUCUCGUGUAAGUCACUCACUGGCUGCCAGCGCUGGACGCCGGGCGUUCUCUUCGUCUCCUGCGAGAAGGAGCUAUGAAGACACCAUCCGGAACCUACUCAUUAACAAGGACACCAGAGUACUUUGCCAGGGAUUUACUGGGAAGACCGGUACUUUCCAUGUAAAGGAAGCGUUGGCGUACGGCACGAACAUGGUCGGGGGUGUUUCGCCUAAGAAAGCCGGCCAGACCCACCUAGGCCUCCCCGUUUUCGGUUCUGUGAGGGAGGCUGUUCGUGAGACUAAACCCGAUGCCUCUGUCCUCUAUGUCCCUCCACCCUCUGCUGCUGAUGCCAUCAUCGAGGCCAUUGAGAACGAGAUAGGUCUCAUUGUCUGUAUUACAGAGGGUAUCCCCCAGGCUGAUGAGAUCCGCGUUAUAAAUGCUUUGAAGAGCCAGUCUAAGUCCCGACUUGUAGGGCCCAACUGCCCUGGUAUCAUCAACCCAUUGGGUUGUAAGAUGGGCAUCCAGCCCGGCCACAUUCAUAAACCCGGGAAGAUCGGUAUCGUCUCUCGCUCAGGGACCUUGACGUAUGAAGCUGUCGCGCAGACUACCGAUGUCGGCCUUGGCCAGUCUCUUUGCGUCGGUAUCGGUGGUGAUCCUUUCCCUGGAACCCAGCAUGUCGAUGUGAUCAAGGUUUUCCUCGAAGAUGACAACACUGAAGGUAUCGUUAUCAUCGGCGAGAUUGGUGGUAGCAUGGAAGAGGAAGCUGCCGAGUACCUCCAGAGGUACAACCUCAGCCGCUCCAAACCAAAACCCGUUGUUGGCUUCAUCGCUGGACGCACCGCGCCCCCUGGUCGCCGUAUGGGUCACGCUGGUGCCAUCAUUGCCGGUGGAAAGGGUGCCGCAUCGGACAAGGUUACUGCUCUCGAGGCAGCCGGUGUCAUCGUCACGGACAGCCCGGCGAAAAUCGGCUCGGAGAUGCUUAAAGCCAUGAAAGCUGCCGGCCUUAUAUAGUCCUUGCAUCUUUGAUUACAUAAUAGAGUCUAUACCAGCCAGUUUGUAUCGAGACUUGGAGAUCUUGAAAUCUCAAUCAAGUGUUUGUGCUCGAUCAUCAUAGACAUAGAUACAUUCUCUCUUUCAUGUUCUCGU